AUGGCGGGGAUGCCAACUCAUAAGGUGAGAAAUGCUCACGCCAUGGCUCUCUUGGGCUUGGCGAAGCCGUCUGAGCUUGGACACUUGGAUGCUGACGACGAGUGUACCGACUCUGCUGAAGGAAGCUGCAGCCUCGCGGCGCUGCAGACUCGAUCGCUGGUGGCGCACGGCGUCGAUGUCGUCCCACCUCCGCCCAGCUCCGCAGCCAACUCCACCGGAGCACCUGGCCUUGUGCAUGCCAUGUACACCUUUGGUGCCGUGGCAACCAGCAAAACUCCCUUGCAAGAUCUUUCUCAACCGAGCCGCGCCUUCAGGGGAGUGCGCUGCUAUACGGAGACGAUCCUAAGCCACGCCACAAGGCAGACGGAUGUCGCAACGAUUUUCAUGGGCCUCUCACACCCGCUAGUGCCCACUCUGGCUUUGCACUGGAAGAAGGACUCCGAGUAUUGGCCGGGUGCAGGACGUCCAGAUCUCCCCAAGCAUGUAGAUCAGGGUCGGGUGGCCGACAUCGGCCUUCACAACAUGAAGAAUUACCUCGAGCGCCUGGCUGACCUACACCUGCAAGGAAUGCCUGCGAUCAAGCAGCGGCCCUUCCACUUUGCUUACUUGUUCGGCUUCAUGGCCUGGGGUGCGUAUGAGAAGCAGCAGGGAUGGUACACGAAGAAGGACAUGACCAUGAGCGAAAUCAUGGCUGCACACCUGCCGGGCUGGAAUCUGGUUGCACAGACCCAGCAAGACACCCUGGAGGCUGUGGACAAUAUCUGGCUUGCUCAAGACACGCAGAGCCUGGACUGUGUCAUUGCCUUCGAGGGCACCCACACAUUUGCAGAGUUCUUUGGGAACUUGAAGUCGCCCAAGAAUGGAUAUUGUGGUUUUCCGGGCGUCCACGCAGGCUAUGCAGACAAGCUGUUCUGGCUCAUGAAGUACAGCAUGCCCAAGCUGCGUCCGUUUCUGUCCAAGUGCAACAAGGUGAGUUGCACAGGCCAUUCUUUGGGCGGCUCCUUGUGUGAAGUCUUCGCCGCUUGCGCAAACUCAAACCGUACCAAUGACAAGCACUACCAGUUGCAGAUGUGGACGACAGGGACGCCCGAGCUGAUGCCAAAGAUCGAGCAGUUGGCCCUGUCCAGACAUCACAAGUAA